GUGUCAGUUGACUCAUCGUUAAAUACCCGUGAAACAUCUGCCUUCCUGGGUCAUCCCCGACUCCUAAACCCCAAAGCACCAAAACCCUAAUCCCCUCCUCCCCGCCGCCACCGCCGCCAUGGGCUCCGCCGCCGCUCUCCCGGCCUCCGCCGGCUCUGGCGAGAAUCUAGUCCUCAUCCUCGACUACGGCUCGCAGUACACCCACCUCAUCACCCGCCGCGUCCGCCAGCUGGGCGUCCUCUCCCUCUGCGUCUCCGGCACGGCGCCGCUUGCCGCCCUCGAGAGCCUGCGCCCGCGUGCCAUCGUCCUCUCCGGCGGGCCCCACUCCGUCCACGCCGAGGGAGCGCCCACCUUUCCCGAGGGAUUCCUGGACUUCGCCGAUGGCGCGGGCGCCCACGUGCUCGGCGUCUGCUACGGGAUGCAGCUGCUCGUGCAGUCCCUUGGCGGCGCCGUGGAGCCCGGGGAGCGGCAGGAGUACGGGAAGAUGGAGGUCGAGGGGACGGCGCCGUCCUCUGCGCUGUACGGGGAGGCGGAGACCGGGAAGCGCCAGACGGUGUGGAUGAGCCACGGCGAUGAGGUGGUCAGGCUGCCGGAGGGGUUCGAGGUGGUUGCGCGCAGCGUCGAGGGCGCCGUUGCAGCCAUCGAGAAUCGGGAGAAGCGCUUUUAUGGGCUCCAGUAUCACCCCGAGGUUACACAUUCACCCCAAGGAAUGGAAACACUCCGCCGCUUCCUAUUUGAUGUUUGUGGGAUCAAAGCUGAUUGGAAGAUGCAAGAUGUGCUGGAUGAAGAAAUCAAGACCAUCCAAAGCAUGGUUGGCCCUGAUGAGGAUGUUAUCUGUGCAUUGUCAGGUGGAGUUGAUUCAACUGUUGCUGCCACCCUUGUUCACAAGGCAAUAGGAGAUAGGCUUCAUUGUGUUUUUGUUGACAAUGGUCUAUUGAGGUACAAGGAGAGAGAACGAGUAAUGUCAACCUUUGAAAGUGAUUUGCACCUGCCAGUUACAUGUGUUGAUGCCUCGGAGCAAUUUCUCAGCAUGUUAAAGGGCAUCGAAGACCCAGAGCAGAAAAGAAAGAUUAUUGGCAGGGAGUUCAUAGCUGUUUUUGAUGAUUUUGCUCACAAGCUGGAACAGAAGGUAGGGAAAAGGCCUGAAUAUUUAGUUCAAGGGACAUUGUACCCUGAUGUAAUUGAAUCAUGCCCACCUCCUGGGAGUGGAAGGACACAUUCCCACACCAUCAAAAGCCAUCACAAUGUUGGUGGCCUUCCAAAAGAUAUGAAGUUAAAACUCAUUGAACCACUCAAGCUCCUAUUCAAAGAUGAGGUGCGGAAGUUGGGGAGUAUUUUGAAUGUCCCAGAUUCAUUUUUAAAGCGGCACCCAUUUCCUGGGCCUGGUCUUGCUGUACGUGUCCUAGGUGAUGUUACACAAGGCAAUGCUUUGGACACCCUUCGUCAGGUGGAUGACAUAUUUGUUCAGGCUAUUAAAGAUGCUGGCCUCUAUGAUAAAAUUUGGCAAGCUUUUGCUGUCUUCUUGCCGGUACAAACAGUUGGGGUUCAAGGUGACCAGCGAACCCACUCCAAUGCUGUUGUCUUAAGGGCAAUCACCAGUGAGGAUGGCAUGACUGCAGAUUGGUACUAUUUUGACCGUGAAUUCCUAGUAGAUGUGGUCAACACAAUCUGCAACAAUGUCCGUGGCAUCAACCGUGUCUGCCAGGACAUCACAUCAAAGCCACCUGCAACAGUUGAGUGGGAAUAGGAACUGGUGCUCUGAUGGUGUGACGGUGGGGUCUGGCUCGGAAGUUGAGGAACAAUUUACCUUUUGGUGCUGAGAUCAAAUGAUAUAUGGCCCCAGUUAUUAGUGUAAUGAUUACGGUUUAGUCAAAAAUAUCCUUUAUCGAACCUUAGAUGAUAAACACAGCAAAACUCGUGAACUCUAUACUCUGCUAAAUUCUAGAGUAUACUUCUGGGUCACUGAGCAUUUUCUGGGGCAUCUGGAUCCGAGAGUUUCUUUUUCUAUUCAUGGAUCGAGACUGAUGUUGGGAAGGACAUCUGGAUCCGAGGGUUUAGGGAAGCGCACUUGGUUUCUUCGUUUUACGUUUGUCUUGCUAAGCACUAUUCUGAAGCUUUUUUUUUUCAGCAUGUAGAUUUAACCAAACGGCAGGCAAUGUAAUGUAGGUUCAAACCAAAUGGCAAAAAAGACAUUUGCGCCAUUUGUCUGUUGUAUAUGUAAGCGACCGGAGUAAUCUUCAUUACAUA